AUGUCACAAAUCGUAUUCAAGAUCAAUGGGAAACAACAUCGAGUGAACGGAAAGUUCGGACCGGACGUGUCUCUAAACGAGUACAUCCGAAAUGUGGCGGAUCUCCGAGGUACAAAGGCGAUGUGUCAAGAAGGGGGGUGCGGAGCUUGUGUGGUAUCCGUCCGCGCCGCCAUGCCACCUACGCAGGAGAUGAAAACUUUCGCUGUCAACUCAUGUCUAGUGUCAGUGUUGUCCUGUCAUGGCUGGGAGGUGACAACAGUGGAAGGCAUCGGGAACAGAACUAUGGGCUACCACGACGUACAGAGCAGGCUGGCCAAGUUUAAUGGCACGCAGUGCGGGUACUGCUCGCCUGGUUGGGUGAUGAGUAUGUAUAGCUUAUUACAAUCGAAGAACAACGAGCUAACAAUGAAAGACAUAGAAAACUCAUUUGCUGCUAAUAUAUGUAGAUGUACAGGUUACAGACCUAUUGCAGAUGCCUUCAAAUCAUUUGCAAAAGAUGCAGACGAAAAAUUACUUAAGAAGGUAUGCGACUUAGAAGACCUGGCUAUACUUAAAUCGUGCGGAGUAUCAUGUGCCAAACAAUGUCCACGUAAGAAGAAACAUAUUAGUGAAAUAAAUAAGAUAGAACAGAAAGAAGACUGGUGUGAAUUGGGUGAUAAUUAUAAUGAGAUAGUAACAGUAAGUUCUAAAAAUCAUAAAUGGUCUAAGAUGUACAAAUUGGAAGAUGUUUUUAAAAGCAUGAAAGAUAAUGAAGAUUAUAAACUGAUUGCUGGUAAUACUGGACAAGGCGUUUAUCACGUAACAGAAUAUCCUAAAAAUAUCAUAGAUAUUUUCAAUGUGAUUGAACUAAAAGGAUACUUGUUAGACGUGAAUCUAAUCAUCGGUGCCGGAAUGACGUUGACAGAAAUGAUGGACUUAUUUUUAAAAUUGAGUGGAGAAAAUGAAGACUUUUCUUAUCUGAAGCAGCUACAUGAUCAUAUGGAUCUUGUUGCACAUAUUCCAGUACGAAACAUUGGAACUAUUGGUGGAAAUUUAUGUCUUAAGCACGGAAAUAACCAAUUCCAAUCAGACCUGUUUUUGUUGUUCGAAACGGUUGGCGGCAUGGUUACAGUUGCUGAGUCUACCAACAAGAAAACUGUCAUCAGUUUGCCAGAUUUUCUCAAAGUCAACUUAAAAGGCAAAGUUUUAUUAAACGUCAUUUUGCCUCCUUUGUCUCACUGCUGCAACGUUAAAACUUUCAAGAUAAUGCCCCGUUCACAAAACGCUCACGCAAUAGUCAACGCCGGAUUUUUAUUCAGAUUUCGUCAAAACUCUCAACUACUGGAAAAGGUCACAAUAAUAUACGGAAGUAUUUCACCAACAUUUAUACAUGCGUCCAAAACGGAAGCCGCAUUGGUCGGUAAAGACCCUUAUAAUAAUGAAACACUACAGUUAGCAGUCAAAAGUUUGUUUGAUGAGAUAAUACCUGAAGAAGCCCCGCCAGAGCCAUCUGCGGCUUUUAGAAAAAUGCUAGCUGUUUCAUUAUACUACAAGGCCAUUUUAAGCAUGUGUCCGGAAGAUAAAGUGGAUCCAAGAUAUCUAUCCGGAGGUCAAACAAUGAAGAGAAUGGUCUCCGAAGGAAACCAGAUAUUUGACACAGAUGAGACAGUGUGGCCACUGAACCAGCCAGUGCCCAAGUUGGAAGCGCUGGUUCAAUGCAGUGGAGAGGCGGUAUUUGCUAAUGAUCUACCGAAGCAACAGAACGAAGUGUUCGCGGCGUUUGUUACAGCAGAUGUUGUAGCAGGAAGUGUCAUUGCAAGUUUUGAUGCCACUGAGGCACUUAAAAUUCCUGGCGUCUUGGUAUUUUAUUCUGCAAAAGAUAUACCCGGAGAUAACAUUUUCACCCCAACUAACAUCCCAUUAAUAAUAGCAGCAGAAGAAAUCCUUUGCUCUAGUAAAGUUCAAUUUUAUGGGCAGCCAGCUGGUAUAAUUGUAGCUGACAGAGAAAAAACUGCUCAGAAAGCAGCAAAAGCUGUAAAAAUAAACUAUUCGUUUGUUAAUAACGCAAAACCUUUAUUGACCAUAGACGAUGUUUUAAAAUCACCAGAAAAGAGUACGAGAGUUGUUGUUAAUAGAACUAUAGAACCUUCAGAAAUUGGUAAAAAUGUAAGAAGUAUAAUUCAAGGAGAAUAUAAGAUGGACAGUCAAUACCACUAUACAAUGGAAACGCAGACUACUGUAGCAAAGCCUACGGAAGAUGGUAUGGAAGUAUAUGCUGCUACUCAGUGGCUUGAUCUGACAAAUGUGGCUAUAGCUCAAUGUCUGAAGGUACCUGUGAACAGUGUUAACGUCAUCGUCCGACGGCUAGGCGGCGCGUACGGCGGAAAGAUAACCCGUGCGGCGCAAGUCGCCUGCGCAGCUGCCUUGGUGACGCACCUUCAGGGCGUGACGUGUCGGUUCAUUUUGCCACUUCAGACGAAUAUGAAGUCGAUAGGAAAACGCUUACCCACGUCGUGUAAUUUUGAGGCUGGAGUCGAUACGGAAGGCACUAUACAGUAUCUUAAGAUAACUUUCUACCAAGACUGUGGGCAUGUUUUCAAUGAAAUCAUCGCACCGGUAACAGCCGAACAUAUACGAAAUUGCUAUGACAUUAAAAGUUGGUGGAUUGAAGGAAACAGUGUGGCAACGGAUACCCCAUCUAACACUUGGUGUAGGGCUCCUGGCACAACCGAAGGUGUAGCGAUCAUAGAACACAUAAUGGAAAGAAUAGCAUACAAUCUAAACAAAGACUCUCUUCAAGUUAGACUACUAAAUAUGGCAAAAGAUAAUCCAAUUCCAGAAAUGUUAGAUCAAUUAGCAAAAGAUUCAAAUUUCAUGCAAAGGCAAAAAGAUAUCAACAAGUACAAUAAAGAAAAUAGAUGGAGAAAGAGAGCUUUGAACAUGCUACCAUUAUCUGCUGGGAUAUUUUACCUUACAAACUUUAAUUCCAUAGUUUCUAUAUACCAUGGAGAUGGAUCAGUAGUUGUUAUACACGGUGGUAUAGAAAUGGGACAAGGAAUUAAUACAAAGACCGCUCAAGUUUGUGCGUACGCGCUUGGCAUUCCUCUAGAGAAAGUCAGUGUAAAACCCAGCACAAGUUUCACAUCCCCAAAUGGCACUGUAACAGGUGGCAGCAUUGGUAGCGAAUGUGUCGCCUUCGCGACGAAGAAAGCCUGUGACAUUUUAAUGGAAAGACUCAAACCAAUCAAAGAUAAAAUGGAGAAAUAUUCUUGGCAGGAUCUAAUAAAUCAGGCAUAUGGAGCUGGUGUUGAUUUGCAAGCAUCGUACACGUAUACGUUCAACGAUGGAGUGAAACCAUAUAACGUUUAUGCAACUUGCGCAUUGGAAGUAGAAGUUGAUUUACUGACUGGCAACCAUGAUGUGAGGAGAGUUGAUAUCUUGGAAGAUACGGGAAGAAGUUUAAGCCCAGAAAUCGAUGUCGCACAGAUCGAAGGCGCUUUCAUCAUGGGCCUUGGUUACUGGACAUCCGAGAAGCUGGUCUACAACAAGGACACGGGGGAGAUUCUGACGGAUCGCACUUGGACGUACAAACCACCUGGGAUCAAGGACAUUCCUGCUGACAUGAGGAUAUACUUCAAACGAGGUGCGAGGAACGAAUUUGGCGUUCUGCAGUCUAAAGCGACGGGCGAGCCUGCUCUGUGUUUAGCAGUGGUAAUCACGCAUGCUCUACGGGACUGCGUACGCGCAUCCCGCCUAGACGCUGGCCAUCAGGACCAAUGGGUGGACAUAGGUAAUCCGUGCACAGUGGAGAAUAUAUUCAUGGCCGCGGGACACAAACUGGAACAUUUCAAAUUGAAAUAACAAAUAUUAUUUAAAAACAAUGAUUAGUUGUAUUUGCUUAGAAUUUGGUUUUUGAAUAAAU